AUGCUCCUUAUCACUAGUGCUGAUCAAUUGAUGGGCUAUUCUAUCACAUCUCACCUUGCACAAUUUGACCAUCUUCGUUCUCAUCUUCGUGUGUUAUGCGAGACAAAGUCAAGAUGUCAUGGAUUUCGUAGAGCAGGCAUUGAUGUACACCAAGUCGAUUACAAUCAUGUCAAUCAGCUGUCUGUCGCUUUACGUGGUGUAGAUCAUGUCGUUCUAGUCAUAGGAAAUGAAGCAAAUCGUGUCAAGCAUGCAAAGAACAUCUGCGAGGUUGCCUCUCGCUCUGGUGUUAAAAGUAUCAUCUGUGUAUCUCACAUAGGUGCUGUCUCUCGAAACCACUCUUCACUUCAAGAUUAUUUUCAAAUUGAACAAGAAGUCAUACAGCUACCUUGUCAGUACACUAUUUUAAGGCUGGAUUUUAUACAGCAGUACUUUCAUCUAUGGGCAAAUUAUGCAGAAAAAACCAAGGGACUCUUACUACCUGUGGCGGAGAACGUUGAGAUCUGUCCAAUCGAUAUCUCGGAUGUAUGCAAGGUAGUUGAAUCCUUGGUUCUUGAUCGACGUCAACAGAUGGUAAGACACCUUGACUUAUGUCAUGAUGGCCAAGUCUAUACUCUGUCUGGUCCAGAACUUUUGAAUGGUAAGCAAAUGGCACAGUUAAUAGCAGAUGCAACAGGCUACGAAGGCUUCAAGUUCCAUCAAGCACGUCCUAUGGAUUUAUCCUAUUAUCUUGAGAAUCUUGGUUCGGAUGUUUGGUUUGAUGCUCGUUUGAAGCAAGAAAUGUCAAAGAUUUUCAACGAAACAUUUACAAGUGAAGAAUACAGGAAAAGAGCCUAUGCCGUGCCAACAAGUAAACAAAUUCAAACCAUACUUGAUUACUUUGAUUGGGUGCAAAAGACUUCAAGUAGUGUUUGUGUUCCUCAUGCAAGUAUGAUCACAAACCUCUCACGUAAACCUCUUCAAUUGUUUUUUGAAGAAAAUGCAAAUAUGUUCAAGCCUAGAGUAUAG